GAUAAUUAUAAGUCAUUCUAUUAUUCUGGUUUUUUAAGUGCUUGACUUGAUAUUUUGUUUUUUUGCUUGGUAAGAUUUCAAGUAGCAACAAAAAAUAUUUCCUAAUCUAUUUAUAUUAAAAAUUAUCAACUGAAAAAGUAUUUUUGGAUUAAGAACGAUAAUACAUUUCAUACAACAUCACAAUGAGUUUCGGUUUACCAUCUUUGAAAGUCAAGCCAGAAAAUGUAAAUAACAUACAAGUCCAAGAGGGUCCAUUUGGUAUACCAGACCCAUUGGUUGCUGGAGUUGGUGGCACAAAAUUAAAUUUGGGUACCAGACAUCCUUUAGAAUACUCAGAAAAGAAUUAUCAUUUGAAUGAAGAAAAAAUGGAUAUGGCAAUGCUGCGUAAUAUUCAAGGUUUACAUGCACCAAUGAAACUUACUAUGGAGAAGAAAUUUGCCAGUAAGGUUGGCAGACUACCAUUCCUUCCAAGUUCCAACCUUCAGCAUGAUGUUCUCACUGGAAGAUACCUGGAUAUUGGAUUCGAAGACAUCCUUAACACCAGAGACCUAUGUGAAGUAGCCGGUCAACCACAUGCUGUUGUGGAAAGGUCUCUUGGACUGUUAUAAGUUAGUUAAAUGUAAUAUUGAGCUAUAUGUAUAACUCUCUCUCAAUAUUUUUUACAAUAAAACUACUUAAAAAAGA